CUGGUAAUCAAGGAAAAAGAGAGAGCUAGGUUGUACUAUACAAUCCUGAUCGAGAUUAAGUGUGUUUUUUUUGUUUGAGAUGAUGAAAAAGAUGUCUUCUCCUUGUCCUUCUCUUCCAUCUCCUGUCAAUGACACUGAGGUUCAACCGGAAUCAUCCACAGCCAUGCCGAAUCCAGCCAAACCCGUUGCCAAACGAUCCCGGAAACAGAAAAGAGUAGUCCACAGUUCUGAUUCUCCGGGACAUGGGCAAGCCAAGAGAAGCUCCGUCUUCAGAGGCGUAACAAGUGUCAAGAGAGGGAGAUAUGAAGCUCACUAUUGGGACAAGAGUGCCAGCAAGAAAAACAGACAAAGUGAUUAUAUAUAUACCGAUCGUUUUCUACUGUUUGCUUCUGUUUUAAUCAUGAACUAUUUUAUUUUUCUUGUAAAAGUUUUUUAAGUAUAUGGGAUUUAAUGAUCUGUGUUCCGUUUGGAGUUUCUUAUUUUUAUACCUUAAGUUGUCACUUGGUUUAUGUACUUAUCAAGUUUCUUUCUUUUCUCAUGAUCCUUGAUGUCUGCAACCUAUCUCUAUGGUCAUAUAUUAGUUUACUUGGGUAAGCAUUUCUUUGAACCAGGAAAGAAAGAUAUUAUUUUUAGUCUUUUCAAAAUAUACUCAUCAGAAUUUGGAACUGAACAUAGUGAUAUAUGUUUCUGAAAUGGAAUGAAGGGGCAUAUGACAGUGAAGAGGCUGCUGCAAGAACCUAUGACCUUGUUGCUCUUAAGUACAGGGGGCCAGGUCCAGGCACUGCUCUCAAUUUUCCGAUUGAGACCUACACCAAAGAGCUCGAGGAAAUGCAGAAUCUGUCGAAGGAGGAGUUUUUAGCCUCACUUAGGCGGCAGAGUACAGGGUUUUCUCGAGGUACUUCGAAGUACCGUGGGGUUUCAAGGCACCACCACAGCCGUUGGGAGGCUCGAAUUAAAUCAACUACAGGGACCAAGUAUCUUUACUUGGGAGUUUUUGACACUGAAGAGAAAGCAGCAGCAGCAUAUG